CGGGCAUGUGGCAGCCAUUGCCACAGCUAGUUCCGGGAUAGACACGUGUAGCCGGCGCGGCGCGGGUCCGAGGAUGCCUGCUGGCAAGGGGCAAGCACCAGGUGUCCUGAGGCCAGUGAAGGCCUGCAGGCUGGGGCAGAAGGAGUCCGAGGGCCGGUUCCUGGAGUACUACUAUGCCAAGCGGGACCUGUGCUGUGCCCAGUCCAAAGCCCAGCCGUGCCUCCCAGCGGAGGCUGACAGUCAGGCCUUGCAGAUUCAGGCUAAGAAGAAGAGCCGGAAGCACCAGCGGUUUAUGAAGCGCAGGGCUCUGCUGGAGCAGAGGGGGCUCCUGGGACCCAAGCUGGGACAAAAGGUCCAGCCAGUUAUACUCCAGCUGCCAGAAGCAGAUAUGGCACAGGAGCCACUCACCAAGAAAACGGGCAGCUGUGGGCAGCCAGCAUCCAUGGUGCGUGAGCAGCCUGCAGGAGAAACCCAUGCCAAGCUCACCAAGCCGAAGCAGGUGCGGUCACAGGCUGAGUCAGACAGUCCUGAGGGCCCAGCGGGGCAGCGCCUCCUCUCACCACCCCAGGAUUUGGCAUGUAGAUUAUCUUUGCCUGCAAGCUCCAAGUCAGGCAGAGUUUCCUUGUCCUGGUCACUCCAGAGACCUUGGAAAUAUGUAGCCAUUGACUGCGAGAUGGUGGGCACGGGUCCUGGUGGGAAGCUGAGUGAGCUGGCACGAUGCACAGUAGUCAGCUACAACGGAGAUGUUGUCUAUGACAAAUAUAUCCGGCCGGAGCUCCCCAUUGUGGACUACAGGACUCCGUGGAGUGGGAUCACCAAGCGGCACAUGCAGAACGCUACCCCAUUCAAAGCUGCGCAGAGAGAGGUCCUGCAGAUCCUGAAAGACAAGAUCGUGGUGGGCCAUGCCAUACAUAAUGACUUCCAAGCCCUCAAAUAUUUUCACCCCAAAGAGCAGACUCGAGAUACCAGUCGGAUCCCUUUGCUGAACCAGAAGGCAGGAUUCCCCUUGAAAGCCAGCGUCUCUCUCAAGAGUCUGGCAAGGCAGCUGCUGCAUACAAGAAUUCAGGUUGGCCGGAGAGGGCACUCGUCGGUGGAAGAUGCUCAGACAUCCAUGGAGCUCUACAGACUGGUGGAGGAAGAGUGGGAGCAGAAACUUGCCAGCAGCCUUCCUCACAGUUUCCCUAGCAGCCCUACAGACAGUAAUACAGACAGCAACCACUACCUGGAUGACCAGUACUGGCCCACGGACCUGAACAUUGAUUGAAUUUGAUGUUAGAGACCAGGCAUUUCUCCUUAAGGUGCUUUGAGAUGUUCUCAGGCCUUCAGUUUGUAAGCUGAAACCAGUCGUUGGCUUCUAUUUAACACCCCCCCCCCCCCCCCCCCGAAAGGUAGUCUGGUGAUAGUGCCCAAGGGACAGCAGUGAUCAGUCCAAUUGCCUCACUAGGAAUCAUGCAAACAUAACUUGAAAGAAAUUUAUAUUUUUAGCUUAUUAAAUAACACAAAGCUGUUGGCUUUAAAAGCUCCCAUGUUCUCACCUGGCACAUUCCUAUGCCUUCUCCUGUUUGACUUUUUUUUUUUAACACCUGGGAGACCUAAUAUGAGACCAGGUGAGAAGCCCAUCUCUGCUGGCAAGUGCUCUGGAGCCUGGAGUGGUGACCUGGCCUGACAACUUCCCACUGCAAAGCAGAGAGUGUUUAAUUGUCUGCUGGAGGCAGAAAGUGCAUCAGGGGAAAGGGCAGCUCAGGGCUGUCAGCUGGUAGAAACCUUAGAACGUCCUAGGUGCUGCUCCCUAAAGAGACCUGGGAGCUUGUUCCUCACAAGCUUUCUCCACUCUCCAUUUCUGUCACAUUAAUCCCCAGAAAGCCUCCUUUGCAAGCUGCAGGCAGCUGUUUUUCCUCUUCCCUCGAGCCCUGCCAGGAGUAUUCUGACCUCUGGCACAGGGAGGAUUACACUUAUUUCACCCUGCCAGGGUCAAAGUGCUGCUGGGGUGUAGAAGCACCCAGACCGAGAAGCAGAGAUAAGACAUUAGUGACGAAGGGGUGUGGAUUCCAAGUGCUGAUAUUUCUGCCCCAUAUGCAGGGAUGCGGCCAAGCCACAUCAAAACUAUCUGAUGCUUCCCCAACUGUGGGGAUGACAGCAUUUACCUGAUGUCCCCUUAGAGCAUGGAGCUGUUCUGACUUCUAUUGGGGCUGCUGUGGCCUGUCAGCUAGUGAGGACUUUAUAUCCCUGGCUGGAUCAGGUGCAGUGUCCUGCUCUUGGCCCUUUCCCAGCAGGUUGUGUCUGGCAGAACCCAUGCAUAGCCCCACUUGUCUUCUGGAUUACACCCAGUUCUUUCCUGGCUCCUUUUUGCCCUUUGCCCAUAGACUCCUGCAUUGAUGGUAUUUAAGGAUGUACCAGGAUCAGGCUGGAUCUUGUGUCCUGCAGCACUUCACCCAGGAUGGUUGUGUGAUUACAACAAUGUUCUCUUAUGGUUGGGACCUUCUUUUGAAAUGUUGGAAUGUCCCUUUCGGAGAUGGGUUUUGGCAGAGCCAUAUAGCCAGUGUGAUGCCCUGCAGUUGGAAUAUCUGGCUGGUAGGCUUGAGAUGAGAAGUUUCCUUUAUGUCCUCCCAGAGGUGGACCCUUCUCUUCCCUCUCCCCCACCUCGCCUCAGGUUAGGGUGUUUCUAUGCAAUGAUGGGACCAGAGCCUAUGUUGAAUGCCAAGAGUAAGGUCAGCUCUGAGUAUCAGUCAGCCUUGUUUUCACUUAUUGGCCAGGUGCCUUUUGAAACAGUCCUGCAGGAGACUUGCCGUGGUGGCAUAUGGAGGUGUGAGGUGCGCUUACUGCUCUGGCCUUCAUUUAUGUGCUGUGCUUUUUAGCUGUACAUCCUUGGUAUGCACAUUAACAAGUCUUGUUAUCGCAUAAACCAGAGUGAAGUGCUCCCUGCCCUUUGAACUUUAUCUAUGGGUUCUUCACAGGUGGAGCGAGGGAAGCAAUCUACUGCACUUUCUAAAAGGCUAAAUGUUUCUCAGGCAAUGCUACUGGUAGCACAUCUCGGGUGGGGCCUCUGUGGAAAGCAGAAAACACUCUUCUAUCAUUCUAGCCUGCCUCAGGUGGCCAAGAUAGUUGCAAGGCUGAGUCACCUUUUAAGUAUCUGAGAAUGCAAUGAUCUGCUGAAUGUGUCCUGCCUGGUGCCCUACUGCUGUUAUAGAUGAGACUUACCCACAGAAAUAAGCUAGAGUUGUGGAAUUAAGUGUCCUACUGAUUCCUUGUCCGUCAGAGAGUUCUGUGUAUACAUAGGGUCCAAUUUGUAUGGGUUAGUGGCAGCCACGAUGUUAGGACUUUGGGAUAAGAAAACUUGGGUUGUUUUUAAAGGCUAUCCAGGGACCUGGCUCAGUCCUCUCUGCCCAUCAGUACUCAUUAGCUGCUUUCUGUAGUGAGGAGGAUAGGGCAGGAUAGCCGGUGUUCCUUGCAACUUCAUGCUUGCGUUCAGGAUUGAUGGUCAGUAAUAAAGUGUUGCAGCCCCAUCUUAAUGGAGAUGUACAAAACAAAAGUGCAGCACUACUGUUUUCCUCCUCAUGCAGCCAACUGAAAAGAUGUGUGACCUCUUCCCUCUUCAGAUUCACACCUCAGUGGGAUCAUUACUAUAACCUGGCACCAUUAGCGCAAGAAAACAGGGCCAGCCAGAGCCUUUCAAGUGAGUAGCUCCCUCUGAGGCAGCAGGAUCAGGCUGAACAAGCCAAGCCCACACUAAUCACAAAGCACUUGCUCUGUAUCACUGCCCAGCAAGAAAAGAGGUUUAAAUUAUUCUAUUUAUCUUCUCUAUUUAACAAACUUUGAUUAAACUUAUUGAUGGAAACCUCUCUGCCUGUGUGCGUGCGUGCGUGUGUUUGCUCGCUGUGUAACCUGUUCUGCUUCAGAGAGGGGAUAGGGUAUGGUAUUCUUGUUAAGGAGUGAGAGAGAAGAAUUUUUAAAAUUUCAGGUCAUUCUUAUCUUGCACCAAAGGUGAUGUGGGGAAACCUGACUACAAAUAAAUGGUAAGAGACCUA